UUCACACCAGCCUGCCGGCAAGCACGACAGAGCGUGAGAGGUUGUAUCUGCCAUGUCCGAUUCAGAACGAAGGAAGAAGGGAUGCUGGCUGACUGACCAUGCGGCGAUUCCCGUGCCUCCUACCAAGCAAGACUUCAUACUGGCGGGAAAUCUGCUAAAACGACGAGGAGGGUUCGGAAAGAUGUCCCAGCAGAAGUGGAAGAAUCGGUGCUUCGUCCUCUUGAAAACCGGCAACUUGUGCUACUUUCAGGCGGGUUCGUUCGACAGUGUCGAUUUCUGCGAACCUCCACGCGGCAUUCUCACGCUCGACGAGGAUGUAGUAAUAUCGAAGAACACGCCACCUGACGGAGAUUUCACGGGAACCUCAUCGCUAGUCAUCCAAGGAGGAGGGCAGAGAUGGAAGCUUAGCUCGGAAGCACCGGGCGAGAUCAACCGCUGGGAAGAGGCUCUGCGAUCUUUUGUUAAAGGGUCGCCAUCGUCAGGGGGACCUACCAGAAUUUCAGACACCUCCAUGCGGUCUCCGACAUUCCGGCUUGGCACCAGCAAGAGUUUGUCGUCCCCGCCAAACGGCGUGAAGCAGAGAACACGCACACCGUCUCCACCAUCCCAGAACGGUACACGAUCACCGUCGGCAAGAGCCACAGCAGUAGUGACAGAAGAGAGCGCACAAGGGGGGACUGAUACCCGAGGCGCUUGGACGCUCGCUUGUGUGUUGACGGCGGUGGACGUGGUGUGCUACUUGCUUCAUCAGCGCGAGUUCAGCUUGAAGGUGUUCUAUGCGGCGGUGUUUACGCUGAACCUGAUCAUUGGUUGGGGCAUCCGGAGAUCCGCCGACAGGCCAGCUUCUGGAGAACGCAGCGGCACUGGGGUGCCUGUGAUUCACGGCGAUGACGUUGGGGCUCUCAGAGUUGCUUUAAAAAGGCGCUUCCCGCCCAAGAAGGACACGCCUCUUCUCCCGUUGGGAGACGGAAGGGAGAUUCCAUGCGGGGUACCGGUGGCAGGCUCCACUACACAGCAAUAUGAUGGCCCAGCCGGGAGUUUGACAGCGCCGCACCACUCAUGGAGCAAUGGGAUCGAUUCCGUCUUCCAUGUCCGGGGAAAAGGGUACAUGCAGGACAAGUUGAAGGUGUCCCCAGCCGAGUCGCUGUACGACAUGGUGGGGUUGGACAUAUUUUCUACUGAAGCAAGGGUCGGCAACAUGGCGUCGGAAGUAGUCCUGGACACCGCCACAAAAGAUCUGCCGGCAGUGUCUGUCCCGGGAGUUCCUCCAUUGCUAGUUAUCAACGUGCAGCUCCCUUCUGCCUCGCCUGCCCUCAUGACCUCUGCGGAGGAUGGGCCCGGAGUCCAGUGUGUGAUGUACUUCCGAAUGAAGGAAUCCACGGCUCGGGCAAUGGAGAACUUGGCAACUGCGUCGGAGGGCGUGCGACUGUGGGUUACGUACUGUCAGCGUGUUGGAGUUGACGAUGACUUUCAAGGUAGAUUCAAGUGCAUCGCCGUGAUCGCGAACAGCGAAAGUCUGGGUCUCCCGAGUUUCAUCACCAAGUACAACGGGAAGCCUGUACUCAUCAACAGGAGCGGCCACUGGGUGAAAGGCGAGAACUACAUUGAAAACACCAUCAACGUCCACCGGUUCAGCUUCAUCGCCAAGAAGAGUUUGCACUCUCUGAAGGGGCUGUUCAAGGACAUGGUUCUCCAUCUAGGCUUCACGGUGGAGGGUCGAGCUGCCGACGAGCUGCCAGAAUCGCUCCUGGCAUGUUCUACGUUGCACUACCCGAUGAUGGAGAGAGCAGUCGAGUUUGAUGUUUAA